AUGGCUUCCACAAAUAUUGGCGAAUUAAGAACUGUUCGAAAUAUUAUCCUCGACCCUGAUUUAACAGUUCAGCAACAUAUUGAUACAAUUAACAAAUAUUCUGCCGAUUCAUACACUAGAGCUCUUCAUUCAUUGACAGAUUAUAAUGUCGCCAUAUCCGCAGCAACCAAAGCUCGAAUGGUCGUGGCAUUAUGGGCAACGAAAAAUUUCAAAGAAGUCGAUGCAAUAGUUCCAAACCUACUUCCGGCUGAAAUGUUUAAACUUUGUCAAAUUCUCGAUGCACCAAGAAAAGCUCGACAACUACAAAAGAAACUCGACCUUUUCCAAGCUCACAAUUACAACUUAAGGGCAACAAAGAAAAGUCGUAUACAAUCAGAAAUUAAUAAUUACAAACAAGAUAUGCAUCCGUGCUCUUUGACAAGUUCAUUUCAGAAAAGAGUCAAAAAAUGGGUUGGUUCUUUUACGACAGAAAAAUUGGAUUUCUUUAUAUUGAGUUUCGCAAAAGAUCCUUGGAAGGAAUUGGCGGAUCUCGCUCAUUUAAAAGCCUCCGAUUUUCAAGCGCCCUAUUUCCUUCCAAUUAUUUAUGGAGGCGAAAUACCUCCGGAUAGUUCAAUUUCAGCGUAUGUGAAUAUAAAUAGUGAGAAUCUUGAAAAGGUAUUAGCUGAACAUCCUUAUUUGGCUGAAUGCUAUUCUUACAUCCGACAAAAAGUUAAGAGUAAUGAAAUUGAGUUAAAUAACACUCAUAAAAGAAUUCUCGCACAACGUGCACCACUAGAAGAUGUUCUCUGGUAUUACGAAGAACUCGCGUGUUCAGCAGCUGACGAAGAAAUCGCAACUCGAUUAAAUAAUCACGAACCUCUGAUCUCUGUACACGGAAGGUCCAAUUAUUCGAAAUUGAUGGAAAGAAUUCUAACUUUCCGUGAAAUGCAAUCAUGCUUCGCCGACCAAUUGAUCUCUUAUGCUGACGAAAAAUUGUCUUCAAUCCAAAUCCCGGAAAGUGAACAACAUAAAGUUGCUAUUUUUGGCGAUUGUUCAGCAUCGAUGGAUGUUGCAGUUAGAGUGGCCACCAUCAUUGGAUCAUUAUUGUCUGUUUGCUUGAAGGCCGAUUUGAACUUCUUCAAUAAUGUCCUGAUUAAUCCUCCAAUUAUUCCUCGUACGGCUAAUGAAGUGCUUAGCGUCACUGAAUCAAUCCGAGCAAGAAAUGCAACGGCACCUGCCGCGUCAUUAUAUCCUUAUUACGCAGAUCGAAAACCAAUAGACAUAUUUAUUGUGGUUACUGACGAAGAAGAAAACACGGAAUUUAAUGGCUACAGAUUUGCACCUCUCUUCAAAAAGUACCGUGAAGAAGUCGUUCCGCACGCUCAAGUUUUCUUUGUUAGUUUUCUCACAGGUACAAACGAGGGAGAAAUGAAGCAAAGUUUGGCUCAGCAAGGAAUCACCAACGUCAAGCAAUUUCGUUUGGAUGGUCGACGACCGGACUUAAGUAAAUUUGAUGAGUUAUUGGGUAUUUUAUCGAUGGAAUUGGCUGCUCUCUCCGAAACUAAAAGAUAA